CGUGCAAUGAUAUGCGUCAACCGGCGCGUUACCGGUCACGGCGGUCAACAUCCCUCAAUCGAUAAGGAUAUGUAUUAUCGGACUUAAUUAAUCCCUUAUUACGAUAUCGCGCUCAAUAAAACAUAAAGUACAUUUUAUAAACAAUGAGUACGAAUACAAAAAGAACUAUUUAUGUCGGUGGGCUGGCUGAGGAGGUCGAUGAAAAAGUAUUACACGCCGCAUUUAUACCAUUCGGUGAAAUUGUUGAUGUACAAAUACCAUUAGAUUAUGAAUCGGAGAAGCACAGAGGAUUCGCCUUCAUCGAGUUCGAAAGCGCAGAAGAUGCCGCAGCAGCGAUUGAUAAUAUGAAUGAUUCUGAGCUUUUCGGACGAACAAUCAGGGUAAAUAUUGCAAAACCACAGAAAAUAAAAGAAGGCUCUUCGAAACCUGUCUGGGCUGAUGAUGCAUGGUUGCAAGAGCAUGCAGGCGAGACGCUUAAAAAUGAUGAUAACGCAAAGCUGGGUGAUGCUGUGCAGCCUAAGAAAGGCAAACAAAAUCCUCAAGUAUAUUUUGAUAUUAGUAUCGGAAAACAAGAAGUGGGUAGAAUUAUUAUGAUGCUAAGAGCUGAUAUCGUACCAAAGACUGCUGAAAAUUUCCGUGCGCUUUGUACGCAUGAAAAGGGGUAUGGUUACCAAGGAAGCACUUUUCACAGAAUUAUUCCAGAAUUUAUGUGUCAAGGAGGUGAUUUACCAAUCACAAUGGGACAGGAGGAAAGUCAAUUUAUGGAAACAAAUUUGACGAUGAAAACUUCGAUUUGAAACAUACAGGGCCUGGUACAUUAUCGAUGGCCAAUUCUGGUCCAAAUACUAAUGGAUCACAAUUCUUUCUUUGUACUGCGCGGACAGAAUGGU